UUUAAAUUAGAGCUAUGUUAUAUAGAGAAAAAUAAAUUGUAGUUCUUUAGUUGUAAUAAUAAUUAACUUGACUGUAAGUCCUGCUUGCAAAUACGCUGGAACAACAAAUAAUAACAAAUAAUGUGUAGUAUCAAAUUUAAAAAAAUAAUAAUUCGAUGGUCAUCUGGAAAAAUAAUUUGAUCUUAUUUGAAGAAUCGGGAUAUUAAGAUCAUCAAUUGAAAAUUCGACAAGCUUUUUAAAAAUCUCAGAGUCUAAUACUUUAACUAAUUAAUAGACUGUAUCUGUGUAGCCUAGAGAAGAACAUAAAGCAUCAUUUUUUUGAAAAAUUAAUUGUUUUUAGAUAAACACCUCAAAAUAAAUAUUCAUCAUGCUCCAUAGUCUUCAUUUUACCAUAAAUUGGUACUAAGAUAAGGCCUACAAGCUUUAUGAUGGAGUUAUGUGAGUUAAUAAGACAAAUAUUAUGUAUUUUUGCGGAAAUUGGAAAUGAGUGGAUUGGCAACCCAUUGAUCUAGUAACAAUUAUAAUAAAUGGCGCAUUAUAAUAAGAUACGAAUACUUAAUUUUAUCGUCAUGGAAUAAAUGUGAC